AUGCUUUCAACUUCACUCACUGUGGCUGCGGCCAUGGCGCUCAUGGGCGUCUCCGAUGCUGCCAGUCUGGAACAAUGGAAGUCGCGAUCAAUCUACCAAGUCAUGGUCGAUCGUUUUGCGCGUACCGAUGGAUCGACGACGGCGACGUGCGAUGACUACGUCUUCUGCAAUGGGUCGUGGGCCGGCCUCAUUGACAAGCUCGACUACAUUUCAGACAUGGGCUUCACUGCCAUCCAGAUCAGCCCCGUGGUGGAGAAUAUCGAGGACGAUACCGGCGUCGGCACAGCGUACCACGGCUACUGGUCCAAGGACCUGUACGCCGUCAACUCGCACUUCGGCACGGCCGACGACCUGAAGAGCUUGUCCGACGAGCUUCACAAGCGCGACAUGUACCUGAUGGUGGACGUGGUCGUCAACAACAUGGCGCAGAAGUUUGACAACACGCUCCCGCCGCCGAUCGAGUACUCCGAGUUCGAGCCAUUCGAUAACGAGGACUACUUCCACACUUACUGCAACGUGACCGAGUGGACCAACUCAACCAACUACCAGAACUGCUGGUUGUACCCCUAUGCCGUGGCGCUUGCCGACCUGAGGACCGAGGAUCAGACUGUGUCUGACAUGCUGGGUUCCUGGAUCAAGGAGCUUGUGGCCAACUACUCCAUCGACGGCCUGCGGAUUGAUGCCGCCAAGCACGUCAAUGAUGACUUUCUGCCCACUUUCGUCCAGAACUCGGGUGUCUUUGCAUUCGGCGAGGUCCUGACGGGUCUCGUCGAGGACUUCUGCCGCUACCAGACCAAGGGUCUUUUGCCCGGCAUGCCCAACUACCUUCACUACUACCCCUUGCUCGCGGCCUUCGACGGCGGAUCCAUGAACGACCUUGCCACCGUCCGUUCUCAGGCACAGGAGGGAUGCAACGACACCAUGGCCCUUGGCACCUUCGUCGAGAACCACGACAUGCCCCGUUUCGCCUCCACCAACGAGGAUGUGGUCAUCGCCAAGAACGCCAUGGCCUACGUCAUUCUGAAUGACGGCAUGCCCUUGGUCUACCAAGGCCAGGAGCAGCACUUCAACGGCAGUGGAACCCCCUUCAACCGCGAGCCCCUCUGGCACUCCGAGUACAACACCUCGGCUGAGCUGUACCAGGUGGCCAGGACGCUGAACAAGGCUCGCAACCAGAUCAUCGCCCUGUCCAACUCGUCAACGGACUCGUACGUCAACAGCGUCGCCAAGACGCUCUUCGUUGACAUCAACCACCUGUGCAUGAGCAAGGGCCCCGAUGGCGCCCAGAUCGUCUCGUGCAUCGUCAACCAGGGCUCCGGGGGCGCCGAGUACGAGCUCAGCGUCGGCGGCUUCAGCGCCGGCGACGAGGUCGUUGAGCUCCUCAGCUGCACCACCACCACCGCCGACGGUACCGGUAACGUCACCAUGUACAUGAACAAGGGCGAGCCCAAGGCCUACACCCUGCUCGCCAAUCUUGACGGUACCGAGAUCUGCAACAGCACCAAGGACGCUGCUGAGGCCGCCGCUGAGGACAGCAGCGCUGCGGCCGGCUUGGGCAUGAGCUUCGGCAUGGGCGCUGCCGUCGUCUUUGGAUGGUUGCUCUACGCCUUGUAG